CCAAAACCGAGAUAACAAUAUCUCUCCCCCUCUUCCAUAAACCAUAGUCUAGUAUUUUCUCUAGAGUUUACAUAUCGCGUUAUGGCCAUGAUGACCACGACCAGCAAGAUGAUGCCACCCGCCAUGCAGAGGCUGAUCAAGGGCGGGGAUCGGAGCAUGAUCACGAUGUCCGAUGACACUGCGAUGAUGAAGCAGGUCACGGACACUCAUGCCCCUGAUGGCCGCGAGGUUGAUGUGAAGCCACUCCUCCUCCUCGUCGAGGACAUCCUCAACCGCGCUACCUUGACUGCUAGCACCCCCACCAUGGGAUCCCUAUACGCGGAACACAUGGAGGACAAGGGUUACCAGGCAAGCUUCAACGCCGUGCUCGACGUGCUGUCCUAUACCAUCGAGCGGAUUUCCUGCGAGCUAUCCGCGAAAGCGCUGACUGGUGGCGAGGCGCAUUCGACCACGCUCGCCAUAUGCAGCAUGCUCGCCCCCUUCUCGUGGGACGCCAAGCUGGUGCUGACGCUGGCGGCCUUCGCCUUCAACUAUGGCGAGUUCUGGCUCUUGGCCCAGAUCUACACUACCAACCAGCUUGCCAAGUCGAUGGCAAUCCUGAAGCAGCUGCCCAUGAUCAUGGAGCACUCGGGCGCCCUCAAGUCCCGGUUCGAUGCGCUCAAUGGCCUCAUCCAGGCCAUGCUUAAAGUCACGAGGUGCGUGGUGGACCUCAAGGACCUUCCCUCAGCUUACAUCUCCAGCGAGGCCCCCGCAUUGUCAGCCGCCAUGGCCCACGUCCCAACUGCCGUUUAUUGGACCAUAAGGAGCGCUGUGGCUUGUGCUAGCCAGAUCACCAGCCUCACUAGCUAUGGCAUUGAGUACAUAUCAUCCACAACUGAGGCAUGGGAGCUGUCAACCAUGGAUCACAAACUGAAGAACAUAUAUGAACAUUUGCAGAAGCAAAUUGACAUAUGUAAACAAUACAUAGAUGAAAAGCGGGAUAUUGAAGCCUAUCAGACUCUCCUGAAUCUCUUUGAAACCAUCCACAUUGACAAUAUGAAGGUCCUGAAGGCUCUGAUUUAUCCCAAGGAUGAUAUUCUGCCUCUUGUUGAGGGCACCUCAAAGAAAAGGGUCAACCUCGAAGUCCUGAGGAGGAGGAAUGUGUUGCUGCUGAUCUCGGGGCUGGACAUCUCACAGGACGAGCUAUCCAUCCUGGAGCAGAUCCACAGCGAGUCCAAGGCACACGCCAGCCGCCAUGAUAUUCAUCAGUAUGAGCUGGUGUGGAUCCCCUUGGUGGAACGCGCGGGCGAGUUGACCGGCCCAAUGCAGACAAAGUUUGAGACCCUGCAGUCCACAAUGCCGUGGUACACCGUGUACCACCCAAACCUGAUCCACAAGGCGGUGAUCCGGUUCAUCAAGGAGAAGUGGCACUUCAGGAACAAGCCCAUCCUGGUGGUGCUUGACCCACAAGGCAAGGUUGUGUCCCCCAAUGCCAUUCACAUGAUGUGGAUUUGGGGAAGCAAUGCCUUCCCUUUCACUACACUGAGAGAGGAGUCUCUAUGGAGGGAUGAGGCAUGGCGGCUUGAGCUUCUUGUCGAUGGCAUUGAUCAAACAAUUCUGAAUUGGAUUAAAGAUGGCAAGUACAUAUUCAUGUAUGGUGGCGAUGACAUCGAGUGGAUCCGCAAGUUCACCUCAGAGGCACGAAAGGUUGCGCUGGCUGCGAAUAUCUCCCUGGAGAUGGUCUAUGUGGGCAAGAAUAGCAAGCGAGAGAAGGUGCGGCGCGUGAUUGAGACCAUCAACUUUGAGAAGCUGAGCCACACCUGGGUGGACCUGGCCAUGGUGUGGUUCUUCUGGACCCGACUUGAGUCAAUGCUCUUCUCUAAGAUUCAGCUCGGGAAGGUAGACGAGUCCGAUGACUUGAUGCAGCAGAUCAAGAGGCUGCUCAGCUUCGACAAGGUCGGGGGGUGGGCGAUUCUGAGCAAGGGGUCCAGCAUCACGGUGAACGGGCACGGGACCACGGUCCUGCCGACCCUGCUCGAGUACGACCUGUGGAGGGAGCACGUGCCGACCAAGGGGUAUGACGUGGCAUUCAAGGAGCACCAUGACAAGAUCCACGACAUAACGCACCCAUGCUGCCGGUUCGAGUUCCAGAGCACGGCAGGAAGGAUCCCAGAGAGUAUGCGAUGCCCCGAGUGCCAGAGAAAAAUGGAGAAGCUGACCACCUUCGUCUGCUGCCAUGACGAGGCUAUUCCCACCAUCUAUGACUGAUCAAUCAAUCAAAGCCUUCAUAUGGAGGAGGGACACAUGAAUGUCUUGCUGGAAAUAAUAAGAAGCCAUGUGUGUGCUUGAAUUUCCUUGUUUUGAUUUGCAUUGGGAGUGUGAAGGACAAUGUCGAAUAAUCAACAUCUGAUGUUUAAGAUUAAAUAAGAAUAGAGUGUGAACCUCUUAUGAGUUCUUUGUCCUCUCAA